GCGGUAGCCAACAACAACAAUCCGGUUCACCUAAAAUCGAUUUUCAUUGAUUUUACCAGAAAAUUCGGAUGUAGAAGUGCAUAUUUUCCGAUUAAGUGAUUAAAUCCGAGAUGGCCACCGACGUGGAGCCGACAGCGAAUACGGCCGACAAGUUUUCCGCCAAUGCCGAGGAGCUGGAGAGCUACUAUUUGAUGCUGGAGGCAGGAACUAUUCCGGAAUUGCAGUGGCAAUUCCCAGGAAGACGGGCUCCAUCGCCGGAGAUCGGAUCCGGUGGAAAUAGCAAGGAACUGGAGCAGUCGACCGAUGCCAUUGAACAGGAACCCCAAAAGGCCAACGACUUCGAUUUCAGCGACGAGGUGGCCCCCACCCAAAUGCGCGUCCGCAGUCAGACAUCCACGCCCAAGUCGGCCAAAAAGAAGACGGCCAACUUCGCCGGGGUCAUGGAGACGCUGAAGAAGAAGAACGCGGAGAGCUCCUAGCACCCGCCAAAAUUCUGAUGCUGAUCUCUAAGCCAGAAAUCUGGAUAAAGCUAGGACUUUCAAUCGCUCUGCAUAAUUCAAUGGAUUAGUCUAUAGGGGUCCUCGAAUCCGGGUGCACACCGCGAUCCUUGAUGUUUCUGGAUUUUGCUAGAGAAGAGAGUACGAAGAAAUCUUUUUCAUUGCACGACUUUGGGUAACUCUGUAGCCUAGAAAAACGGAUUUUGGCCAGCUUUAAGAUCAUUCUUACCAUCUUUAAGGAUUUCUUAGAUUUCGAAUAACGCAUAGAUUGGCGCACUAAGGUUAAUCCAAUGAAUCAUCCAAUAACUAUCUAAGGUUUUUGCCAGUAAAUGCUUACUUUGUCAGCGGAACACUUCUAGUUUAUUUAAAUUUAAGAGAUAAAAUAGUACUUAAAACCUAUAAGAAGACCGAAACAAAGUUGAUAUGACAUAAUUAUAUAUUCAAACAUUCAAAUUGUAUGAUAAAUAUUAAUAUGAUAUUGAGCUGAAAAAAUAUAGAAAUUCAUUGAGCAGCGGUAAA